CCCCUCGACUCAAGUCAGCGUACACGCUCUCUUCUCUUGCAGACGCGCCGACAGACCGAAGUGUUCGUGUGUGUGUGUGUGUGUGUGUGUGCGCGCGCGUGUGUGUUGUGCGCGUGUGUCGUGGGUCCAUUGCGUUCAGGGGCCCGAUGACAGGACAGCCCGGCGUUUGUAAAACACCAUCGGAACUCUUCCACGUAUGAUUGUCCCUUACGCGUGCUCUCCCAGGGGGGGGUUAAGGUUCAAGCAAAGUUUGACUGUUUUUUGAGAACAUCACAUAUCCUCCCGUGUCGCACAAGGAUAGCCGGACGGCAGAAUUUGGCGGUCGCGCUGCGAAGCUGCGCGCCUGUGCGGCCGUGGCCGAAAGGCUGGAUGCGAAUGCGAUGGAUUAGCAGCAGCCUGCUCCCAACUGUUUCCCUUGAUUGCCCUCCCCCCCCCCACCUCCACCACCCCCCUCGCCGUUUAUCCAUCCCGGGAUUAUUUCCACUAUCGACGACCUUCUCCUUCCCACCGAGCUGAGAUGACAGAGGAGUGUGUGUUGCGGUGUGUGCUGAUGCUCUGCUGUGUGCUCCUCUCGGCCAAUGCCAGCAACUGGCUGUACCUGGCCAAGCUAUCGUCAGUAGGAAGCAUCCGGGAUGAAGAGACGUGUGAGAGGUUACGAGGCCUCAUUCAGAGACAGGUUCAGAUCUGUAAGCGCAGCGUGGAGGUGAUGGAUGCAGUGCGCCGUGGUGCUCAGCUGGCGAUAGAUGAGUGUCAGUUCCAGUUUCGUAACCGUCGGUGGAAUUGCUCCACUCUCGAGAGCAUGCCUGUGUUUGGCAAAGUGGUCACCCAAGGCACUCGUGAGGCUGCCUUUGUGUAUGCCAUCUCAGCAGCCAGUGUGGCGUUUGCGGUCACGAGGGCCUGCAGCAGUGGAGAGCUAGAAAAAUGUGGCUGUGACCACAACGUACAUGGAGUCAGUCCAGAGGGAUUCCAGUGGUCGGGCUGCAGUGACAACAUUGCUUACGGAGUGGCUUUUUCUCAGUCCUUUGUGGAUGUGAGGGAGAGGAGUAAAGGCCAGUCCUCCAGUCGGGCCCACAUGAACCUGCAUAACAAUGAGGCCGGCAGGAAGGCCAUCCUGGCUCACAUGCGUGUGGAGUGCAAAUGUCACGGAGUUUCAGGAUCAUGUGAGGUGAAGACCUGCUGGAAAGCGAUGCCACCCUUUCGCAAAGUUGGCAACGUCAUCAAGGAGAAGUUUAAUGGUGCCACUGAGGUGGAGCAGCGCAAAAUGGGCUCCGCCAAAGUCCUGGUGCCUCGCAACUCCCAGUUCAAACCUCACACUGAUGAAGAUCUAGUCUACUUAGAACCCAGUCCAGACUUCUGCGACCAUGACCCCCGCACACCGGGCAUGCUGGGCACAGUGGGCCGCCAGUGCAACAGAACCUCAAAGGCCAUUGAUGGCUGUGAGCUGAUGUGCUGCGGCCGCGGUUUUCAGACACAGGAAGUUGAGGUUGUGGACAGGUGCAGCUGUAAGUUCCACUGGUGCUGUUACGUCAAAUGCAAGCAGUGCCGCAAAAUGGUGGAGAUGCACACUUGCCGAUGAUGAAAUGGGCACUGUUGAUGAACUGAACAAAUGCCUCCAAUCCUGAUCACAACUCGCGAACCCUCUGAGGACUUGAAGCUCCCUCCUCUGCUGGAUAGGACCAAAGCUUCUACUACUUGUCUAUGCAAACAGGUCGAGUAGCUGAGAGGUGCAUCCACUUCCUCGUCAUGCUGUUUGUCUUCACAAUUAAAAAAAAAAAAAAACAUUGUCUCCCUCCCUCUACUCCUUAUUGCAAUGUUUAACUUAUUUGUUGAGACUGAGAAGUUUAUCUGGGAUUGACUAAGAAGGAGAAACUAGUGGAGAAAAGGAGGGAGAAACAGCACCCAUGGAUGGGUGGGUUUAAGGGGUUUGGGUCUCGAGGAGGGCUGCCGGCCUCUGGGCUGCUGCUGCUUCAGGGACUUAAUCAGAGCGCUGCACGUCAAGGAGCGUCAAAAAAAGACAAAUUGCAAAGAUUGAACCUGUCGUACAUAAACUUUAUGUGUUUUGCUUUCCGCGUGUGCAUGGCUGCACUGAGCUAAGAUUUUGUUACGUAGAGUUGUGUAUUUGAUGCUGUCACAUGCAAAGUUUUCUGUCCAAAGGGCACCGAUGAAUGACAAGUGAAUGCCACUAUCAUCACCUUCCUGUCUUUCUGUAAACUUACAGCAUGUGCACUAAUGGUACAAAAAACACUCACACAGAAAAUAUUACUCGAAAAGAUCUGUACCCAUCAACAGUUAGUAGAGAAAAUAAAAGAGGAAAAACACCCAGUUUACACAAAUACCUGAUAUGUAGCACAUCCACUGGGUUGCCAAAUGCUGCGAAAUUUAACCUUAAGGGUGGCGCAACAGUAAACACACUGCAGUCAGUUGGUUUAACAUAGAAUUUACCUUCAUUCAACAAGAAGUUGGCAUAAGACUUUUCUGAAAUUUGCUCAUAAAAAGAUCUGAAACCCCAUUAAUUAACAGUUUGUAAACUGGGAAUAAUCAUUUCCACCGUAAACAACCAAACUGUUGAUGGUUACUGGUGAUCUGAGAAUUCAUUCAUUCAUUAGAACUCUUGCUGAAUGAGGCCUUGUUCAUGUAAUAAAAAGUCACAUGCCAAAAAGAAAGAGCACAAAUUGCUGGAUUGUCCCUUGUUGCCCAUUGUUGACUGGGUCAUGGUCCUCCUCUUUGUUAAAUUCAUUGGUGGGUAAUGCUUGGAUCAGACCACAAGAUUUUAGCCCCGUUAUUUUCCCUAUUUGCUGUCGCAAACAAUUUUCAAGCUCGUGCCUGGCAUAUUUUGUCGGGAACGACAAAACUCCUUGUCGUGGUUUCAUAAUCCACGAUCAACGUUUUGGCCCUGCAAUAAUAGCCCUAUGACGUCAAAAUGAGAGGUCUACUAUGUUUAAUUUUUUGGAUAUCUUCUGCCCAGUUCUUCUUAUCGUAAAAGACAGGAUAUGGUGAUAUUGUAAUUUAUGUCGUGUAGUCUUUGUCAGUGUUCUGACUGAGACAUGUCAGGAUUUUAUGGCAGUGGUCUGACAUAGUGCCCUCAUGAGAGAACAAAUGUGUCUUGCAGUCUGAUCCGGGCAUUACACUGUGUCACAUUGGUGUGACUUCAUCCUACACAUACACAUGUAAACAAACAUCAGAUAAGGGUUUGCCUUUGCGAACUGCACCAAAGCAAAUCGCACGGAGCUAUACUGCUUGGUGGAAAUCAACAUCCUUCAAAUCAGAUGGAUAUUGAGCUCCUACUGUAUUUCAUUGUUUGCCAAAGGCCAGUUGCUAUUUGACAGAACAAACACAAAAAACACAUGUAUCAAACACAAUGCAAACACUUAGAUAAUAAAAACAUUAUGGGGUCUGCAGGAUGGUUGCUGAGCAUGUUCAUCAUGCAUGAUGACUGAAGCACUUUCUCUCCAACCGCACAUAAAGCCCUCCACCCGUGCCAUCUGGCAACAUGUGACCACGUAUGGCCAACUUGUACCACCUAAAAGCCACGCUUGCCAAUAAUAAUGUGCUAUCAUUAUAAUAAUCAUAAUGUAGAUCUGUAAAGACUUAUACACUGAAGAUUAUAAUGCCUAUGAAUGUAUGUUGAUGCUGAAUAUAUGCUGUGUCAAAUAUACAUCUUGUCACUGACUGCUCUUUUCAAAUGUGUGUAUGUAACGAAGG